UACAAAAAAAAAAAAACUGUUCCGCCCAGGUCUGAGUGGAGAGACCAUGCAGUGAAACAACCAGGAACGGGACGCGCUGUACAAAACAAGCAGCUGUUUUAUAAUUCAAGGUUUACAUAUGAUGCUAGUGUAACUGAAACGGAGAUAUUUUUAUAUAAAGCAGACGGCCGUGUGUAGGUUAGGAUGGACAAUCCGGAGGACUCGGCGUUUCGGAUUAGUUCCACGGUGCGGGCUCUGAGCUCCGCGCUGCGAGGAGAGUCGCGCAGCGCGGCCGGCUCGGAGGCUCCGGAGGUCGGCGUGGGCAGCUCCAGUGUCCGGGGUGGGUGCCCGUGGUUCAAGGAAAGCAGCGCUAAAAACCUCCGGAGCAGAGACUUUAUCGCGCCUUCCGCGGUGCUCAACAAACUGUUCCCGGACGGGCAGGUCCCAGAGGAGGCGGUACAGGAAGUGAUGUCAGUGCAAGGUGGGGGGGUGCUUCCUGUGCAGAGUUGUGUGGAGGGACGGGCUGGGUUGCAGGUUCUGGUGGACCGCCCUGCAGUGUUCCAGAAGGUUCUGGACGGGUUCCCAUGUUACCUGAGGCCCGGCUGGCCACAAGCCGGGGAGGGGAGGGGGGUGCUGCUGAACUGCACCGCCCUGCAGGGGGCGCCAGUGAGGCCAGAGGAGCUCACACUGAGUCAUCUGAGAGCCCUGCUCAUCACAGACCACCUCGGAGAACUGCUGCGGGGGCAGGUGUACUGUGUGUCUCUGAGCCCGGCGCUGGAGGAGCACAGUGACAUCAUCACCUUCCUCAACCAGCUGGGAGUGGAUUGGCCGACGGUGCCGGCUGGCUGGUCCAAUAGGGAGCGAGAGGCGGAGCUUUGGGAGGCUCUGAGAAGUUCAGUGUACACAGAGAGAGGAGAGGGGGAGACAGGGAUGGAGAGAAGAGAGAAGAGGCAGACAGGGAGAGGAACAAGGGAAGGGGAGGAAGAGGCACAGGCUGUCAAAGAGACAGGGGGGGAGGGUGCUGAGGAGACAGGGAGAGGGAGAGAAGUUAGCAGAGAGGCAGGGGGAGAUGCAGAGAGGCAUGCCAGGGGGGAGGGUGCUGAGGAGACAGGGAGAGGGAGGAAAGUUAGCAGAGAGGCAGGGGGAGAUGCAGAGAGGCAUGCCAGGGGGGAGGGUGCUGAGGAGGCAGGGGGAGAUGCAGAGAGGGAGACUAGGGGGGAGGGUGCUGAGGAGGCAGGGGGAGAUGCAGAGAGGGAGACUAGGGGGGAGGGUGCUGAGGAGGCAGGGGGAGAUGCAGAGAGGGAGACUAGGGGGGAGGGUGCUGAGGAGGCAGGGGGAGAUGCAGAGAGGGAGACUAGGGGGGAGGGUGCUGAGGAGGCAGGGGGAGAUGCAGAGAGGGAGACCAGUGGGGAGGGUGCUGAGGAGACAGGGAGAGGGAGGGAAGUUAGCAGAGAGGCAGGGGGAGAUGCAGAGAGGCAUGCCAGGGGGGAGGGUGCUGAGGAGGCAGGGGGAGAUGCAGAGAGGCAUGCCAGGGGGGAGGGUGCUGAGGUGGCAGGGGGAGAUGCAGAGAGGCAGGCCAGGGGGGAGGGUGCUGAGGAGGCAGGGGGAGAUGCAGAGAGGCAGGCCAGGGGGGAGGGUGCUGAGGAGGCAGGGGGAGAUGCAGAGAGGCAGGCCAGGGGGGAGGGUGCUGAGGUGGCAGGGGGAGAUGCAGAGAGGCAGGCCAGGGGAGAGGCGCGGAAGCAGUCUGGCAGAGCGGCCCGGGUUCGAGUGAAUCUUGGUAGGCUGGUGAAGGAGAGAGGGCUGCUGGGCUUCGACCCAAACCUGGGGUCCUGCCUGGUACAGGAGCGUUGUGUUGCUCACCUGGCUGAGCUGCAGGGGGCGCUGUCUCGCUGUGAGGCCGGCCUUUGCACUGCACUGCAUGUGGUUUGCUGUGAGGACGAGUUUCAGCUGCAGCAGACUGACCUUCUGUGGAGGAUCACAGGGCUGGGAGGCAAGACUGUUGUUCAGAGGCACCUGGUGGUUGGCCCGGUGACGGUCACGGGUUUGGAGUCCAGGACCAGCGCCUCCCAGUACCUCCAGCUGCGUGGAGCUCAGAUGAGAGACGCCUCCGUCAUGAAGUACGGACCCCAGGUGAACGGAGAGUCCUGGAAUUACAUGAUCAAGGUCAUGACCCUGGCCGCUGUGCGCUUUGAGCUGCUGACCACCGCACACCGCUGUCCGGUGACCCUUGACCUCAGGAAGGAGUCCAGUUUCUGCACAAAAGGCUCUCACAGCGGCGUGUUCGUGAUGUAUAACUGCGCCAGGCUCUCCACGCUGUUCCAGAGCUACCAGGACUCCGUGCAGCAAGGGCUCUACCCCGAGUUUCCAGAGGCUGCCCAGCUCGAGGUUGCUGCUCUCAGGGAAGAGGGGGAGUGGCAGCUGCUCUUCAAUUACAUCAUCCCCUUCGGAGAGCUCCUUGACCAAUCAGGACAGACCCUGCGCUCGUCCACAGGGGUGCGCAUCACGCUGGGCACGGAGGCGGUGUGUAAGUUCCUGGUGUCUCUCAGCAUGGACUUCAGCUCCUAUUACAACAGAGUGCACAUCCUGGGGGAGCCCCUGCCUCAUCUGUUCAGCCAGAUGUUCGCUCGGCUGCAGCUGAUGAGGGGUGUGAGGGAGCUGCUCCACUGCGCUCUAGGAACCCUGCACAUCCCCCCCCUGCACCAGAUCUAGAGACACCCCCUCACCCAGACCUGCACACCCCCCUGCACCAGAUCUAGAGACAUCCCCUCACCCAGACCUACACACCCCCCUGCACCAGAUCUAGAGACAUCCCCUCACCCAGACCUGCACACCCCCCUGCACCAGAUCUAGAGACAUCCCCUCACCCAGACCUGCACACCGCCCUGCACCAGAUCUAGAGACACCCCCUCACCCAGACCUGCACCAGAUCUAGAGGCAACAUCCUCACCCAGACCUGCACAUCCCCCUGCACCAGAUCCAGAGACACCCCCUCAACCAGGAGACCUGCUAGACACCUACUGAACCACAACCUGAGACUUGCUGUCCCAUGGACCUGCCUGAGACGUGCUGUCCCGUGGACCAGCCUGAGACGUGCCUCUCCCUCUGUCUCUCAGGAUUACGAGUGGAGCCUGCGCUUGUUGAGUCUGGAUGAUAUGGAGCAGCUGACGACCUGCAUGCUUCACCCUGAGGCUGUGGAGUGCAUGGAGCUGUCACUGAGGAAUACUGCUGCUGCCCGCUGCGCUCUCCCCCUCUCCCCCCUCUCCCCCCUCUCCCCCCUCUCCCCUGUCUUUGUGUAAGAAUAGAAGUACGCUACCAGCAUUUAAACAAGAAAACCUCUGGACAUUCCUGUAUUACCAGCAGCACACCCACCGAGCAAGGCAUUGAGCAGCCCCAGGUCCUGACCACCAGGGGUGCUGUUUCACAAUACCACUAAAUAUUUAUUGACUGUUCUUUAAAUGGAGCAUUGUAUAUGUUUGGAAAGACAAACCACACCAUACACCCUUUCUGAACAAAUACCGACAGCUCUGUGAAGCAGUGAGCAUGUUGUCUAUUGCUUUAAAUAUGAAUGUUUAAUAAAACAAGGACAGUAAUAAUAACAAUGACCAGCCCUAAAAGGGGAUGUACCACGUGGGCAAAGAACGUGGGGAGGCAGAAUAAAAGCAGAGGGCUAGAGCUCCCUGAAAUCCCAGAA